GUCGAGAGCUGUGUUGGGUGGUGCAUGCAGUCCAACCAUUCUGGUCCUCUUUAAAGCUGAUUGAAGUUGGCGGUUUAUAUCGGCAAAGCGUAAAACUAGGUACUGUGAUUUCUCGACUGGCCUGGCGCAUCCAUUAUAAAACGUAACUGAAGUCGUCUUUAUACUCAGCUACAAGGAGCUCCAUUCAUUGCAGCGAAUUCACAAGAUGAGACAAUUGACUCUGCCGGCCUGUCUGCUUGCUUCCCUGGCGUUUACCACGGCUCAGAUAACUCCAGUGAGCAAUGCUGCCUUCUACCCGUACGGACCCGGUACCGCAGAUAUUCUGGACCCUGCAGCUGAUGACGGCACCUCGGGAGAACAAAGCCUCAGCACCCAAUUUCCAUUCUUUGGAAAUACCUACAAUUCACUUUACGUAAAUACCAACGGUGCCAUCUCCUUUGGCGGCGCGGUAACAGGCGCCACAACAGUUGCGUUUCCAGUGACCGACAACAAGGUCAUCGCCGCUUUCUUCACCGACAUCCAGACAAACCAUACUGGUCACAUCUACCAUCGGGAAACUGUGGAUGCUGAUGUAUUGGCCAGAGCAACCAUAGACAUCCGGACAGCCUUUCCCGCCGAUAAUGGAGGCUUCGUGGCGACCUGGACCUACAUCGCUACAUGGCAUGAAGUUGGAAUGAAGGGGGCGACGGGAGAUGGUCUUAAUCUUCGUAGCACGUUCCAACUGGUGCUGGUUACGGACGGCUGCAAGUCCUUCGUCCUGUUUAACUAUGACCAGAUCCAGUUCCUACAAAGUGGCAGCAGCGGUGGUAAUGGGACGAAUGGUACAGGACCGAAUCCAGCACAGGUCGGGAUCAACGGGGGAGAUGGAACCCACUACACGAUCCACCCGUACUCCAGAACCACCAACCUGUACAACCUGCCGACAUGGACUGACCCGGCCGUGUCAGGGCCUGCUGGACGCUGGUACCGGAGGACUGACCAGGCUCUUAUCGGCAACACCCCAGCUUUAGUCUGCCCAUCGUCAUACUCCCAGAGGCGCGGGGAAAAGUGUCUAAAGAUGUUUAAAAAGCCGACCAAGUCUUACACUGGUGCAAAAGCAACAUGCGCUUCAGAGGGGGCAGAACUCUUCAUCAUCCGCAGUCAUGCUGACACUGAAUGGGUAGUUGGAAUGCUCGCGGACUUUAAUAGUCGUACUGGGAAAAAGCGUGAUGUGUGGAUCGGCCUGACGGAUGAAGACACUGAAGGCACGUUCGUGUGGGAGGACGGCACACCUUUUAAUGUAACCGGUUACGCACCCUGGGCUGAAGGCGCACACGAACAUAACAACGAGUUCCGGAACUGUGUCUUCAUCAAUAAGCGGAAAAACUGGCUGUGGUACGUUCAAAAAUGUAGAGGACCCUGGGAGCUGUAUGCGGGGCCAAAUUCCUACAUCUGCGCAAAGAACGCAGUCCCCGCAGCGCCCGAUUGCUAAACACACAAGGGAUUCUGUCAAUAGCUAGCUUUGUACUAGGUUGUUAUUCAUUCGCAUGUGUACUGUUAGCCUAGGUACCGUCCGAUUUCUACCGGGACUCCUUACACUCGCUACCCUAAAAAUACUUUUUAGGGCAGCGAGUGUAAGGAAACCCGGUAGAAAUCGGAUGGUACCCAGGCUAGUGUACUGUGGCCUCAUUGCAGUAUGUUAGGCUCAGGUCCCAUUUGAAACCGGGGCAUGGACGGAAUGUUUGCGGGAAGUGAAGAUAAAGGAGCUUACCAAGGAAUAUACACAAACCAGAAACCAACCUACACUCUUCAUCUCACAGAAUAGAUGAAGUUUUGACAUGUAUAUUGCGAACUUAAGUUUCGGUCAAUUAUAUAAAUUGCACUAGGCAAUAUC